AUGGAGAGGAGACCGGGAACUAACAGUCCAGACUUCAGCAUCUCCGGAGCUUUCAGGAGUGGGCGCAGCGGGAACGAGGCCGAGGAGAAACCUCAGCCCUCCCCCUCCCAGACCCUCCCCCGGACCCCGCCCUCAGAAUCUCCGCCCAGCCAGGUCCCAGCCUUGCCCCCUGGAGCUCCCGACCCGGCCCGGCCUUCUCCCAGGGGACCUGGCUCAAAGUCCUCUCCCCAGUUUCUACUUCGAAGGACCCGUUCUCGCAGGCACAGGAGCCCAGCCCUCUCUCCCGCCUGCCCCCACAGCUCCCGCGGCUGCUUUCGAAUCGGGUCCUCGGGACUCCGGGCGAGGGGCUGCGGGUCUGGGUGGAUCCGGGUGGAAUCCGGGUGGAGAACGGGGGCGCGGCCAGAGUUUCCCAGACCGACCUCCCGGGCCGUCCUCCCGCGGGAGCGCGGCGCUGCACAUCCGGCUGGCACCGGCGACUUAGAGACGGCAGUGCACGACUCGCUGGCUCCCCCCACGACACGCCCCCUCCUCGUUCCCCCAACUCCUCCUCGCCACCCCCCCCCCGCCACCCGUUCGCGCUCCACCUUUCCCCGGCUCCUCCCUCCGCGGCCGCGAGCACCCUCCCUUGGCACCCUUCCCCGCAGCCCGAGUGCCCUUCCUCCCCAGCCUCCUCGCCCUCCUCCACUCCCUCUCCCAUCACCCUCACCACCCCUCCCCUCCCCCGUCCUGAGCUCCCACUUCCAGCACCUACUCCGGGCUCGGAGCCUUAGGACCAUCACCUGCCCACCUAAGCCCGCGGUGCUCCCUCCCGGGACCCCACUCCUGAAACCCCCUGCCCCUGCCUCCCCCAGCCCGGUGCGCCGGGGCUCUCCGCCCGCUCCCUCGGUCCCUCCUCCCUUGCAGGCGCCGUUUCCCGGCUUCGGCUCCCCGCACGUCUAUCCCUCUCCUCCCCGCGAAGUUUCGGGGCUGUCAGUCUGUCAGUCUUUCGGGCCGUCAGCACCCGAGCUGCAGGCGGCGAGCGCCAUUGUGAGCAGAGCCGGCGGGGCAGGAGGCCCGGGCGCCUGGGUCCCCGCGGCGCGGGCGGAGCGGCCGGCCAGCCAGGUAAGGGCCGGGGAGGCUCCGCUGCAGGCGGCCCCGCCCGCGUCUCCCUCAGCGCCGCGGUUGGGUCACGGCCGGCUCCGCGCAGGCAAGGACACCGGGGCGUGGAGUUGCGGUGCUGAUGGGCCGGGGCUGGCGGUGAGAGACCUGCCAGGAUUCUCUGUGGGACAGCCAGAGAUGGCCCCCCAAAGUGAGCCCAGGGAAGGAUCCCAUAAUGCCCAGGAGCAGAUGUCCUCUUCUAGGGAAGAGAGAGCACUGGGGGUGUGCUCAGGUUCUGCAAGUUCCACGAAGUUCUAGAACUUGUACAGGAUCGAGCCCACAGCUUCUCAUGGUAUAAACACAGA